GGGCAACAUGGCCGCCCAUAUCGGCUGAUUCACGCACUCACUGUAUGUUUUCAACAUUGGUGCUUGCGUUUGAGCUGAAAAAAUUGUAUUCAAUAUUCCCCUUUCGGCUUAAAAUGUCGACGGAUAAUACAGAAAAUAAAAGCGAAACAGAACUAUUGGACAAAAUGGCAGAAAUUUCGUCCGCUUCCAGUUCUAGUUCUACCAGCUCUCAAUCCGCUCAAUCUCAACCAUCAUUUCACGGUCACAGGUAAAACUAGACAAGUUGAAAACACGCAAGCCGUAAUCAUCCAUCUAGUUUUCUUCCAAGUUAUAGUGAUUUAAACUUUUCAUAAAUCAUGUAAACCUCAAUAAUACAUCAACAUUGUGUCAUUGUUGACAUUGACUAAUCAGUUUCCUUACUUCCUCCCUUUAUACUUUAUAAUUAAGUUGUUUAAUGUCUUUCUUUAGACAAAAUACUCUCAUUUGCUAUCUCAUACUUAUUUAGACUUAUAUUUAAAGUAUUUAUCUAAUCUAAAUUAUUAUAUUUAAAAAAAAUGUGUAAAUUUUGUCCUCGAGACAGUACCUCUAUAAAAUUCUUUAAUUUUUUAUGAAUGCACAAAACAUCCUGAGUGAGAGAAAUUAACAACAAAGUCAGCUUUUAUAUUGCUAUAAAUAAAGAGGUUUUAAUUUCUUCUAAUUACCAUUUCUUAAUAACAACUCAAUUGAAUUAGGCUAUGUUCUUCUUUCAGCACUCCUCAGAACGGCAGUCCCAAAUUAUAAUUUUAAUACUUUUCGUUAGAAACUGGCUGGCUAUCGAUUAAUUGGUGACGUAAUUUUUUAACUUCAAACUGUUUGCAGACUAUUUAUUGCUUCUACUUAUUUAAAAUAAAUAAUACCAUGGCCGGCAGACCGCAAGCGCCGGUUCGUAUGUCAUAUAAAUUUUUGUCAGGAAACUUUCUACAAACUUAUGACACAAUGCCGAAGGCACUGUAUUCUUUGGUUAGUGUGGCUUGCUUAACACUGUCUAAUCUAAAACAACAAUUCAACAGCGAUAACUUAAGUUUCUCUCUUGCAUUUUUCUGUCUUUUUCUUCUUCUUCUUUUUUUUUAUACAUAUAUAUUUCAGGAGAUGAUGAUGAUGAAGAGGCUGAUGAAGAUCAUGUAAUUACCAAUUAUCGGCGGCUACUUGGCUGGUAGCCGGACACUACCUAACGAAUACUAUUAUAUUUUUUAUUUGGGAGCGCGGUUCUGAGGAGUGCCCUUAUUUAUUGGAAUUUGACAAACUGCUUGAUCUAAUUAAAAAUAGAAGCUGCAAAAUGAUUUAUAAGUUAUUAUAAAAAUAACUUCGUUCAUUUAUCAGCCAAUUUCUAAAAAAAAAAAGUUAUUUUAAUGUUACAGUUGUUUUAAAGUUAAUGUUUAUACAUUUUUGUUUAACAGGCACACUAUGUCAGGGAUAUCCCUGGACACUACAGCCAAACGUAAGUCUUACGUCAAAGAUUUCUGUGUGGCAACCCCUGAGGAGUUUGUUAAAAGCUUUGGUGGAAAUGUUGUGAUCAACAAGGUAAAUAAUACCAAUAUAAGGUAGACAAUCAUUACUUUGUGUUAAAUUCCUUUCAUUUAUUAAUUUCAUUUGAUGCCAUAUACUUGGUAUUGCCAAUGCUGGGGGGGGUGGGUGAAUGUUGGAGCAUAGGAGUUCCCCUUAUAUAAAAUUUUAAUUAGUUAAUAUUCAUCUUCUUUUCUCACUUCUAUUUAUACCUUAAUCAAGGUAAAUAAUACCAAUAUAAGGUAGACAAUCAUUACUUUGUGUUAAAUUCCUUUCAUUUAUUAAUUUCAUUUGAUGCCAUAUACUUGGUAUUGCCAAUGCUGGGGGGGGGGGGUGAAUGUUGGAGCAUAGGAGUUCCCCUUAUAUAAAAUUUUAAUUAGUUAAUAUUCAUCUUCUUUUCUCACUUCUAUUUAUACCUUAAAAUGAUAAAGUUCAAAUUUAUAAUUUAAAGAGAUACUUAAAAAAACAAUAUGCAUGAAAGAGAUUUAUAUUUUGGUCCUGAUCCUUUAUUGACUUUAUUUAAAAUAAUCUAAAACUUAAUUCAAUACUGAAGUUUAGUGCUUACAUAUAAAAGCUUGUUUAUCUUUUUUCAAAAAGUACAAGCAAUCAUAAGACAUAACCCUUAAAAUUGUUAAUGAGCUCAAAGACAUUUGAAUUUUUGCAGGUAAAGUAUUAUCAAAACCAAUGUAAGAAAAACUAUUAUCUUGUUGUGUAGUGCCCACAUGUAUCAGUUAAGCAUUUAUUAUUUUGAAAAAAAUGUUUAAAGCAAUCUAUUUAUAUUAUAUGGGUUCUCUUUAUUUCAGGUUUUAAUUGCCAACAAUGGGAUAGCAGCUGUUAAGUGCAUGCGGUCAGUUAGAAGAUGGGCAUAUGAAAUGUUUAGAAAUGAAAGGGCUAUCAAGUUUGUGGUUAUGGUCACUCCAGAGGAUCUAAAGGCCAAUGCAGGUAAUUUGAAAUGUCCGCUUAGCAAAGAAAAUAUUAACUGGCUAAUAAUUAUUAUGAUAAGGUACUGGUAAAUGUAAUUUGAUAUUUAGAGAAAAACAUUAAAUUUAUUCUUCUUACUUAUUUUCUUUCAGAAUACAUCCGCAUGGCUGACCAAUAUGUACCUGUUCCUGGUGGGACAAACAAUAACAAUUAUGCCAAUGUUGAGCUUAUCUUAGACAUUGCCAAGAGAAUACCAGUUCAAGCAGUCUGGGCAGGCUGGGGUCAUGCUUCAGAGAACCCUAAGUUGCCAGAGCUCUUGCACAAAAAUGGGAUUGAGUUUAUAGGUAAAUUUUUUGGCCAAUAAUAGAUGAAAUGGCUAUAUUAUAUAAUGUUUUCCAGACUUUAAAAAAAACAACUUUCCUCUACUGUUCUCCUGGGAAAAAAAGUUAAUAAGAGGUGAUUUGAAAGUUGUUACAAAUAUCAAGUCAUAAAAAAAAUUGAAGUUUGUGCUAUUUAAAACAAAAACAAUAAUGUGUUACCCUUAAUAUCCUCAUAUACAGGUCCGCCAGAAAAUGCCAUGUGGUCUCUUGGAGAUAAAAUUGCAUCUUCCAUAGUAGCACAAACUGCUGGAGUUCCAACAUUACCUUGGAGUGGAUCAGGUAAUCACUUACAUAAAUCAUAAUUAGCUUCUAAAUGUUUAUGUACAAUAUUUAAACCUGCAAUAAAUUUUAAAAAACAAUUUAGAAUAAAUUUAUAGAAUCAACUUGGUUAUUGGGAUAAGACUGUCACAUGAAACCAAAUGUUCAUAACGUUUGAAUCAUGAAUUUUCUUUGAGAUUGUAAAAAUAUAUUAUGAGAAAGUUACAAAUUGUGAUUUAGACUUAAACCACAAGACCAUCUUAACGGCUUGUGGCCUGUAUCAGCUGAAUAAAUUGAAAUGGAAUCUUAAUAUUUAUUUAAGUUAUUUCCAAUAUCUUGACUUGAAAUAAUAUUUUGAACAGGUUUAAAACUUGCGCCACAUGACAUUAAAGGGAAGACUUUGGUAGUACCAUCAGACCUUUAUCGUAAGGGCUGCACAGCUAAUGCUGAAGAAGGAUUAGAAGCUGCAAAAAAGAUAGGAUUUCCAGUUAUGAUCAAAGCAUCUGAAGGUGGCGGAGGGAAAGGCAUUCGCAAAGCUGAAAAUGCUGAAGAAUUUACUAACUUGUUCAGACAGGUAAGAAUAGAAUUUUAAAUCUUAUCUCCCUGCAUCCUUUUAGUGAGUUAAUCAUUCACCAUUUGGGCAAAAUAUUUAAAAAGGAAAAUUCAACUUAUUUGAAACAUCAAUUUUUUAAAAAAAUUAUACAAUUUGAUAUGAAAUUUUUUUUUAGGUUUAAGUGCUGAAUUUUUAAAUAUUAUUUAGAUAGAUAGUGCCUUGGUUUUGGUUAAAAAAUUACAUAAGUUGUAGAAAACUAAAAAGUUCUUUUUCAACACUUAAACACAGGUUCAGCAAGAAGUUCCAGGAUCUCCCAUUUUUGUAAUGAAGCUUGCCUCUGCUGCUCGUCACCUUGAAGUCCAGUUACUGGCCGACAAAUAUGGUAACGCUAUCUCUCUGUUUGGUCGUGAUUGCUCCAUACAAAGAAGACAUCAAAAGAUCAUUGAGGAAGCUCCAGCAGUCAUAGCCAGCCCACAUGUAUUUGAAAAGAUGGAAAAAGUAAUAAUUUAUGAGAUGUUAUUUAUGAAGGACUAUUGUUUGGCCAAGAAUACUUUAAGUUGGAUAAAUAAAUUAAAAUAUUUUAAAAUAAUUAAAGAUUUUAUUAGUUACAGAUAUUUUAAGGAAACAUGCUUUUUUCAAAAAGCAAAAUAUGAAUAUUAAAUGCUCAAUUAUUUUAAAGGAAUAAUACAAGUUUAUUUUAACUGUUUUAAAUAAGAAUAUCUCUAUAUAUAAUAAUUAUCACAUUUUUUAAAUUGUAAAUUGAAUUAAUUUUUUUCUUCUCUUUAUCAAAGGCUGCUGUGACACUAGCCAAAAUGGUAGGGUAUGUCAGUGCUGGAACUGUAGAAUAUUUAUACAAUGCUGAUGAAGACAGCUUUCACUUUCUGGAAUUGAACCCCAGACUGCAGGUUGAGCAUCCUUGUACAGAGAUGGUAGCGGACAUUAAUUUACCAGCAGCACAGCUACAGGUAUAACUUUUAAUGCCUCCUGUCAAGAAAUGAAAGGCUUAAUUUGUUUAUAUAUUUAUAAAACCCAGAACUCAAUUCCAAAAAAUACAAACGUAACCAAAGCAUCUUUACCAUAAACCCAUUGAACUUGUGAUCCCACUUUAGCAGUCAGUGUGUUUGUUCAAAAUGCAUACCCUGCUGGACGUUUUUUUUUUCUGUUUACCACAUUACUUGGAAAAGUUCACAACUUGGAAAAGGUCACAUUUACUGCUGUACCCAUGGAUGCAUUGUUGUUAUGGUUUAGUAAUGUUUUACUAGAUGUAUAGUGGUGAUGAAAACCAGAGCUGAUUAAUGAUAAUGUAAAUGAUACGAAUGAUUAUCUUGAUAUGAAGAAGUAUAAUAAUAAAAGCAUAUAGACAGUGAAAGUGAUAGUCUACAAUACUGAUCUACUGAUUAAAUGAAAAUUUUCUCCAUGAUGUACAUUUCAUACAAAUUAAGCUUUUGAGGAAUAAAAUUUAAUUAAUUUAGUAAUCAUUGAAUUUUGUUUGCUUGUGUGACUGUUCAUGUAAUCUUUUCCCAGUAGCCAAGAGUUAUGGGUAAUUUAUUAGUACUUUAAGCCAAGGAUUCAUAAGGUUAAAAGCAAAUUAUAAGUUAAAUUAUAAACCAAUAAUAUUAUGCAACUUGGAUACUUAACACUUAUCUGCAGAUGUUGAAUUAAUUUCUCUGACGCACUGAUAAAAAAGAAUUAAGAAUUUGACUCAUGCAUAAGAUUAUAUAAUUAAUUGAUUUUUCAGAUUAUUUGAGCAUUUUAAUAAUAGGCAUUCUACUGCUUUAAGUUGUUGUUUUAAAAAAAAUCUCUCUUGUGAGUUUCAAUAGUAUGUUCAAUUUGUUUUUUAUGAAAAAUAUUUAUUUUUUUAGGUUGCAAUGGGCUUACCACUUCACAGAAUGAAAAGCAUCAGACUUCUUUAUGGCUUAGACCCAUGGGGAGACACUGAUAUAGACUUUGACAACCCCCUUGUCAAGCCCAAUCCUAGAGGUCAUGUGAUAGCAGCCAGAAUAACUAGUGAGAAUCCAGAUGAAGUAAGCCACUGACACUCAAAAACCUGAUAUCUAUAAAUAACUAAGUUUAGAUAUGCCAAAAAUUUAUUUUCAGAUUUAAUUGUUGUAUAGGGCUAAAGAUGUUGAUACAAUUAUUUGUAAAAGUUAAUUUUAAAAAUAAAAUUCAACAUUUGAACUUAAUUUAAAUAUUGUUUUCGAAACAUAAUUUCUGAAGUUCUUUAUGGAAUCCUAAAUUUGUAUGUUACUUUAAUUCACUUAUUUUCCAGGGUUUCAAACCUAGCUCUGGUACUGUUCAAGAGCUCAACUUUCGCAGCAGCAAGAAUGUGUGGGGCUACUUCAGUGUCAUUGCCUCAGGAGGUCUUCAUGAGUUUGCUGACUCCCAGUUUGGGCAUUGUUUCUCUUGGGGAGAAGACAGGGAAGAUGCCAGGGAGUAAGUUAUGAAUAUUCAUGGUGAAAUAGAUUUUUAGUAAAGAGGAUAGAUUCUACAAAAGACUGGGCACAUAUGAAUAUAUAUGAUGCUAACUGCAUUAUAAAUUUAAUUUUGUGUGUGUUUUAUUACUAUGUUAAUAGUAACUAUUGAGGUAAUGUUUAAGUUAUUGAAAUACUUCCAAUGUAUUAAUCAACAGUGGAUAUUAUAUAAAAUGUUGCUUUUGUUCAGAAACCUGGUAGUUGCACUGAAAGAGCUGUCCAUCCGUGGGGAUUUCCGCACAACUGUGGAGUAUCUCAUCAAGCUACUGGAAACUGAAACCUAUCAAAAUAACAGCAUCACAACUGCUUGGCUGGACAAAUUGAUAGCAGAAAAGGUGCAAGCAGAGAAGCCAGACUUUAUGUUAGGUGUUGUGUGUGGUGCUUUGCACAUUGCUGACCAGGCCAUCCUUACCGGAUUUCAAGAGUUUCAGACAUCACUGGAAAAGUCAGUUUCAAAAUAUUUAUGUUAUAAAGUAUUUGACUUAAAUGAAUUAUGUAUUUCUCAUGGCAUCAUUUAUCAACUAGGGAUUGUUUAAGUUACUUGGGGCAUGAGUCUGUCCAUACAGCAAUUAAUAUUUCACAAUUAAAUAGUAUCUAUACUCUGCUAUGCUUUAAGCCAGGGCCAUUGUUUAGGGCAAAGCUGUAUAAAACUGAUGUGCUCUCAUUAUGUCUUUGUGUAUAUUGUUUUAAAGAUCUCUUUAACCAGUUGGGCUGAAGAAGUAAUUAAAUGAGAUAAUGCUGUUUACAAAGUUAUUGAUGUUAAAUUCCAUCAGAUGAGGUGGAAAAUAAAUUCAGAAUAGUCAAAUCAAAUUAUUAUUUUUUAGCUUAUGCCUUACACAUAUGGUAGAAAACCUAUUCUGCAAUUUAAAAUUUGAGAUUAAAAAUGGCUUUUGUUUUUAAAAAAACAACUUUCAUUUUUAUUAAUAUUAAUUUAAACAUAUUAUUUCAGAGGACAGAUCCAACCAUCAUAUUCACUAAAAAACUCAGCAGAUGUGGAGUUUAUAUUAGAGGGUAUCAAAUACAAAUUGAAGGUGUGUAUUAGUAGAAAAGUUUAGAUUUUAAAAAAUCCUUUUGUUACAAGUUGUGUAAUGUUAUCCAGGGAAGAAAUUGUAUUACUGUAAUUUACAUACCAUUCUCAAAAGAUAUAUAUCUUCUGAGGUCUUUAUUAGUGCAAAAUUUAAGUUUUAUGUUUUUAUUUAUUUGUUUAUUAUUUUAAAAUGCCUUUUUUAUAGAAAGAACAUGAUGCUGAUAUUAUGGAUUGUUCCUUAUAUAAUAGGUUGUAAAGACCGGACCCAAUGGGUACUUUUUACUUAUGAACAAAACAACCCUCGACCUUGAGGCCCAUCGUUUGAGUGAUGGAGGUUUGCUGCUGUCUAUAGGUGGGUCCAGCUACACCACAUACAUGAAAGAACUUAUCAACAGCUAUAGAAUUACAAUUGGAAAUCAAACUUGUGUGCUUCAGAAAGACAAUGACCCAACCAUAAUGAGGUAAAAAUUUCAUAAAUUUAGAAAGAUAGUUAUUUAACUAUUUUUAAAUUAAAAUAGUUUGGGGAAAAAAAAUGGGCAUUAAAUCUUGAGCCAUGAGCCCUUAAUAGACUACAUUUGUCUUCAUACAUUAGAUCCCAAUACUUUUAAUAUUAAAUUUAAAAUAAAAAACAACUCCUAAAGUCAAACAAACAUUUGACAGAUCACCAUCUGCUGGUAAACUGAUAAACUACCUUGUUGAAGAUGGUGGCCAUGUCUUUGCUGGGGAUGUGUUUGCUGAGAUUGAGGUCAUGAAGAUGGUUAUGGAGUUGAGGGCUUCAGAAAAUGGAUGGUGAGUUACUACUUAGACUUGUUUUAGUCAAUUAUUUUUUCUUUGUAAUAUUUUCUUUACUUACAUCCAACGAAUAUUUGUUGUUUUGAACAAUUUAUUAAUCAAAUAAAAUAUUGGCAAAGUUUUCUGAGUAAUUCAUCUGUUCACUCAUUAAAAAAAAACUAUAAAAAUAUUUAAAAACAUGAAAAUUCAAUUUCCUCACUUUAAAAAAAAAAGUAUAUCCCUCAUUUUUUCUAUAGUUUGCACUACUCCAAGAGGCCUGGAUCAGUUUUAGACUCUGGUUGUGUUGUAGCAUACCUUACUUUGGAUGACCCAAGUAGAGUUCAAAUGGUAUCAUCGUUUUCACUAAUAAUAUCUAUUAUAAAGGAACUCAAAAUAUUCUUAUAAUAAAUAUUUUUUUAUAUGUUGAGAGUUGUAUUUGCUUAUAACAAUGUUUCAUUAAUAUUAAAGAAAUAAAUAUCAUUUCAUGGUAAAGAAAGUAAUAGCAUUCUUAAUGUAGCCAACUAUAUAAAUUAAAGAUGUCAUUCAAGCAUUAAUUUAUGUCAUUUAUCACUAAUAUUAGCAAGGCUUUUUAGAGAUUUUGAUCAUAACAUUAACAGGCAAAGUUAUUUGAGGGACCUUUACCUAAUCAUGAGAAUACAGCCACCCAUGGUGAGAAACUGCACCAAGUGUUCCAGAAAGCUAAGUGUGAUCUAGAUAAUAUUCUCUCAGGCUACAUCCUGCCAGAGCCAUACUUCAAAGAAAGAUUAGCCUCUACGGUGGAAAGAAUGAUGAAGUGUCUCAAAGAUCCCGCCUUGCCUUUGUUGGAAUUGCAGGUAUAUAAAGUUUGAAACUGUUUACCAUCUGCUGGCAAAAUAAACUCUUUGUGAAUUCUAAAGAAUAAGAAUAAAAUAUGUUUCACUUAUUUUUUAGUUUGGAUGUAACUCCCUAAUAUUUAGGCUUUUUUUUUUUUAUUAUUUUUUUUUUUGUGAUUAAUUCACAAAAUUGUGUUUAUUCAUGCUCUUUAAAUAUUUUUUUUCUUUUCAAAUGUAUUUAUUUCCAAAUCAAGAUAUUUAUUUUUGUUGGAAUUGCAAGUAUAUAAAGUUUGAAACUGUUUACCAUCUGCUGGCAAAAUAAACUCUUUGUGAAUUCUAAAGAAUAAGAAUAAAAUAUGUUUUACUUAUUUUUUAGUUUGGAUGUAACUCCCUAAUAUUUAGGCUUUUUUUUUUUUAUUAUUUUUUUUUUGGUGAUUAAAUCACAAAAUUGUGUUUGAUCAUGCUCUUUAAAUAUUUUUUUUCUUUUCAAAUGUAUUAAUUUCCAAAUCAAGAUAGCUAUUGUAGUAUUGAAGAUAAAAUUUAGUAAUGCUGUAUUUCAGCAAUGAAUUUAAUAAAAUUGGUUUGCAAGUUCCUGUUUUUGUGAAAUAUAAUGUUAUAUAAGAAAUCGGGAUUGAUCUCAAUUUAGUGAGAUGUGACUUUCAACUUUGCAAUGUCCCCAUAAUCUUAAAAUACGAUAAGUUUACAUGUUACCUGAUUUUCCUAGGGCCUUUAUGUUAAAGUGAAAUGAUUUUUUUAUGUGCCACUGUGUAAAUUUUAAAAAUAUUUUUGUCACCUUAGAAAUUAUUUAUAGCCUUGAAACUUUUCUUUUGCAGGAUUUAAUAUCAAUGAUACAAGGUCGAGUGCCCCAACAUGUUGAACGAUCAAUACGUAAACUAAUGUCAUCAUAUGCUAGUAACAUAACAUCUGUACUGUCCCAGUUUCCUAGUCAACAGGUAAGAUUGAUUUAUUGUUCAAGUUUGUAAUUUAACGCUAUGGCAGUUAUCAAAUAUUAUUUGUGUUUUGUUGUUACACUUUUAUAAUAGUUUUCUUUGUUUUCCUUGUAAUGUUUAUAUUUUUGAGUAUUUUGUGACUACCGAAAUAUGCCCUGGUUCUGGCUGAUAUUCUUUCUUUUAUAUCUGUUAGUUAUUCAUUUCUUUAAUUUAUGAAGGAUCCUAGAAUUGGAUUGCUUUACUUUUUCAAAAGUGUAGUUCCUAAUUUUAAUGGUUUCAUGUGUCUUUUCUUCUCUCAGCAUAGUAUGUAUUUUGUUUUUUGGUUGUAUUUCUGUGUCUUCUAUUUUAAAUAAAAACUUUUGAUAGGUCUUUACUACUUUUCCCUAACAGUGCUGGGUCAACAGCAUAUGCAAGAUACUGGAGGGGUUGGUUGAAGAGCUUACCUAUUGUUUGUGGGUCUUGGGUUUCCCUCAGAAAGUAUCCUGUUAUUGUUCCUCUGGUGUCAAUAUGCAUGCUUCUUAUAACUCUUUCUGUUAGGUUACAUAGCCUACAAGAUAGUGAGCCUCUCUGUCUUAGGCCUCAUCAAAUCUGAAAUUCCCUUGAAUAGCCUCCCUGAACUCUGAUUUUGCUUUUUGAGUUGUUUGAUGUUACAUGUCAGUGUCAGUUUGUUGGCUAUGCAAAACUCCUGCACAGUCUCAUACAGAUAUUUUAUUUUGAUGCUGUCAUGGGCCAUUUUAUAGUCCACACAGAGUGGAUGUACUAAAAGUAAAAUGGGACAAAAUGUAAACAUUUAUAAUUUGUUUUUCACGUUUUUUUUAAAAAUGAAAAUUUUUAUUGAAUUGUAAAAACACAAUUAGAAUCAAUUUUUUUUCUUCUUUAGAUUGCAAGUGUUAUAGACACUUAUGCUGCAUCGCUGACAAAACGAGCAGACAGAGAUGUCUUUUUCAUGACCUGUCAAGGCAUCGUCCAGUUAGUUCAACGCUACAGAAAUGGUAUCCGGGGUCACUUGAAGUCAGUCGUGCAAGAGCUUUUAAGGCAUUAUUUGAGGGUAGAGCUGCAAUUUCAACAAGGUGAGUACUUUUUAUUAGCAGCCACCCACCAGUGGGUUCUUCAGUUUUAAAAAAAAAAUACAGUAGUAUACAAUUAGUUUUAAAAUAAGUAACUUCUAAUAAGUAUUGAUACUCCAAGGUAUUUUAAUGCAACUUUUAGCAAACUCAAAACAUAGAAAUUUUUUUUACCUGAACGCUGUAAAUGUGUUCAUUUUUAAAUAUAUUGAAUGUAAUUAAAUGUUAUAAUUAUCCUAUGAUGGAACACUGCUGCAUAUGCUUUUUUAUGAUUUAAUCACAAAUUCAAGUUAAACAUUAAUUUUCAGGAUCCUAUGACAAAUGUGUCCGCUCAAUCAGAGAAAGGAAUAAGGAAGAUAUGUUGGCAGUGGUGCAGACAAUAUUUUCACAUGUUGCUGUGCAGCACAAAAAUGCCAUGGUCAUCAUGUUGAUUGUAAGUUUAUAGAUUUAAAAAAAAACUCUCAUUACUUUCACUUGUGCAAACUCUACAUUUUAUUACCAAACCAAGUUUAUCUGAUUACUGUGAAUAUGUUAGCACCAAGAGCUAUAAAAAAAAAUUUUAAAAAUUUAAGUGCAAGAAAUUUCAAUACUUCUGAUCUGUUGUACUCUAGAAAAUUAAUUAGUGUACAAUGUCUUUACUUCUUAGGACCAUCUGUGUGGUAAAGAACCUGGCUUGACAGAUGAGCUUGCUUCUAUCCUGGCUGAAUUGACACAGCUCAACAAGACUGAGAAUUCAAAAGUGGCAUUAAGAGCCAGACAGGUAUUGAUAGCAGCACAUCAACCACCUUAUGAGCACAGGCACAACCAAAUUGAGUCCAUCUUUUUGUCAGCUAUUGACAUGUCUGGUCAUGACUUCUGCCCGGAAAAUCUCCAGGUAAAUUUUAUUCAAAUAUAGCUUCAGUUAAUCUAGACAGUACUUCAAUGUUUCAGUAUAUUUAAAGGCUAUUGGACAUUACAAUAUAAUUUGUAUACUAAACAAACCAUUUUCUUUCUCUACCAGAAACUCAUAAACUCUGAGACUGCCAUAUAUGAUGUUUUACCAGAGUUUUUCUAUCACUCAAAUGAAGCAGUGAGAAGAGCUGCCUUGGAGGUAACCAGAUUACUUUAAUGUAAAUUGUAGUUUAUUAUGGUAAUGUUCUGCGAAACUGCAUAUUGAACAAAUAUUUAUUAAUUAGAAAUGGCAUGGAAUAAUUGAAGCUCUUUUAAUCUAAUGUUAAAUUUACUUUCAUUUAGUCCAAGACCAACACACACACUCAAAUUUUGGUUUAUGUUUUAUAUAACUUUAUUUGUCUGCAUCAGAAUAAAGCACUCUUUCCAAAAACAAAAUAAAUGAAGAUAACUUUAAGUAUAAGCAUUGACGAAUGGAUACCAGUAAAAAUAACAUGCCAAUGAUGAAUGUUUCUAUUUAUUAUGUCAAUUUAAUUUCAAAUCUUUAUUCUAAAAUUCUCUCUAUGAGCACAAUUUCUCACUGUAUUUUGUCAGGUCUAUAUUCGGAGGGCCUAUAUUGCGUAUGAAAUGAACUGUAUGAAACACAGUCAACUGGAUGGUGGAAAAUGUGUUGUGGAUUUUAGAUUUUUACUACCUCGAUCUCAUCCCAAUAGGCAAGUCAUUUCAUGUAAUCAAAAGACCAUUCUUCAUGUGGUUGCAGUGAGAUGGCCACUGACAUUCAUUAAAAAAAAAUUACUUCAGGUUUAUAGUCAUCUUGAUGAAAUAUACAGACUUACAUAAGUUUCUUUUCACAACUUUUUAUAGGCUACUUAAAUUAGCUUAAUUUAACCUUUAAAAAAACAAAAUGUUUCAACUUUGGAGAAACAUUAAUUAAUAAGUUAAUCAGAUGCAUGCUUGAGUUGUCCUAUAAUGUUGUCCACUAAUAAAUAUUGAACAUAUACUCUCAAGGAUGAUGGUAACAAGAUUUGACUCAGGCAUGGUUAGACUGAGUAGCAUGGACAAGGAUUCAGGAUCAGAUUCGGAUCACUGGGAUGAGCCACCAAUUUGUCAACGUAUGGGAGUCAUGGUGGCCUUUCAAAACAUGCAAGAGCUGGAAGAGUAAGAAUAUUUGGAUUCAUUGUGUUUCUUAUAUUUGAUCAUGGCAAUAAGGGGGAGAGAAUGCAAUCAGAUAAGCAAGAAGGAAACGAAGAAAAAAAAAAAAUGUGAAAACUCGAAAAAGGGAUGCAACUAAACAACAAACAUGUUGGCAAGAAGCCUUCGUCAGCGAACAAACAACAGAAAUAGCGGAAUUAAAUUGAAAAUUAGUAUCCAAGAGGGCAGUAAAAGAAUUGUGACUGAAAAUAAGUAGUUGAGAGAUUAAAUACAGGCAAAAUGGGAAAGAAAAGAAAAGUAAGUUCACUGCGAUUGGUUGUGAUGUGGAGGGGAGGGGCCAAGGCUCAACAUUUGAAUGAAAGCAUGAAGUUCAUGCCAUGUGGUGUCUUGUUUUACUCAUUUCCUUUUUUAUAUUUGAUCAAUUUUUAAAUUAAUCUAUGCAGUACAAUUACCUUUAUGCAAAAAGUUAAAAAUAAUAUUUUAUUAUAAUUAUAUAUUUAUAUUUUGAUUUCCAGUACUAGCUUCUUAAUAUCUAUACUUUAUAUACUUAACAAAUAAAAUUACAAUUUGUUGAAAAAUGUAGAAUGUGCUCCAUUCCGCAUUAUUAUUAGUUCAACACAAGUUAUUUUAGUUUAGAUAUACAAGUCAUUUUGUUUCAUGCUUACAACAUUUUCAUUGAAGUAAAAUGGUUGAAAUAAAUGUUUGAAAUCAAUUUUUGAAAUCCAUAAUUCAUUAGGUACUUUGAUGCUGUGUUGGAACAGUUCCAAUCCCUAACUCCACCCGGCAGUCCACUGGUUUCUGAUUUUGAAGAUGACAAUAUCUCUACGCAGUCUGGUUCAGUGAGUAUUUUUUUAAAAAUUGUUUAAAUUUUUUUAACGUAACCCAAACAUUUUAUCAACAUAUCUUUUCAAGUCCCUGUGAUCUUAAAAUGUGUCACUCUCUCCUUGAACAUGUUGAAACGCUUUUAAUAUUUUAGCACAUUUGUCUCAGGUCAUUCUUGAAUAUUAUUUCCAUAGUUCUGUCUUUUUCUUAUCAGAUGCACGUCCAUACCCAACCUUCCUUCCUUAUCCUAACUUCGGACAGGCUGAGGUGGAGACUAUAUUUAUAUGCAAGGAUAUUUUCUAAAUACAUCUUAUUUUGAAUAUAAUUUGAAAUAUUUUGUUAUCUUGUUUCCAGAAUGUGUCAGACUCCAGCUCUGAUGACCCCACUCAUAUAAUCAAUGUUGCCAUGAAGCGGCUGGAUACUGAUGAUGAUGAUGCCCUCGCAAACCUCUUUCAAGUGUUCUGUAAACAAAGAGUAAGCCUUUAGUCCUGAUCCCUUGUUUGUUCUGAGAUUCCAAUUUUUGUCGUAAAAAUGUCCGGCUGAUACCGGUAUUUAACAUAUCAUCUUUAUAUAAAUCAGAAUAGGUUAGUAUAUAAAUCAGAAUAGGUUAUUAUUUGCAAUAUUAAAGAUAGGUUGCAUGAAUCUGCUAACAUUUAAAUGAAAAGCAUUGCUAUCGGGUGCUCUGACAACACAAAACAUUUUUUAAAUUUCUUGGGACCUUAUCACUUUACCCAAUGUAUGUAUCAGAGCAAAAUAUCAUUCCUUAAAUAAUCUUAACCUUUGCUUCUUUUUCUUUGCUUUUUUUUAUCCAAGGCUAAAGCUCUGAAUGGCAGAGGCAUCCGUCGAGUUACAUUUGUUGUUGCUAACAGUGUAAGUUGUUCUACAUUCUUCGAAGUAAGUGUUCAUACUUUUUGUUAGUGCUGGCCACGUUACUAGUCAGAGGUAGCAUUCUUGAACAGGGCGGGCAAGUUUGAAGCCUUAUAAAUAAUUUGGCAAGCAGUGGUUUUCCCUGUAAAGAAAAAAAUUUAAAUGGCUUUUGUCUAAAACACUCUGUCCUUAAUGCCUGUCAAAUCUUUUAGGUUUUGAUCUCUUUAGUUCUUUUAUUCUUUGAAAGUUGAAAAAUAAUUUAAAGUUUUUCCUCACAAUCGAAAUUUUCUCUUUUCCACUUGCCAAAUUACUCAGGGUGUAAAGAAAAUUUUUAUUUUGCGAUUCAAGCAUGGGAAAAAUAAAAUGUUAAAUUUUAUAAUUAUCUAUGUAAAAAUUUAGUUAGUGGUUAAGUUCACGUUUGAAGUAACAGGUCCAGCACUUUUUGUUUUCCUUACCUCCGUAAACCCAUCUCCGUUUCAUAUUUUUGUUGAAAAUUUAUUUGAUAUAUACAGGAAGGGCUUUAAGAUGGAACACAUUUUUAAAUUAAGGAGACACCAUUACAUGUUCAAUGGCAUUUAAAAAAAUUCAAGAUAAGAUUUUUAAAAACUAAAUAAACAAUUGUUUUAAAAAUAUAAAUUUAAACAUGUCAUCUGUUUCAAUAUCAAUAUUUCUACUAGCCUCUUCCUGUAUUUUUUCUAAAUAUUGUGUUUUAAAUAUUGCUUCAUAUUUUAAAAUUUAAAAGUGAUGUUUUUUUGAGGAGAGAAGAACCAUAACACAUGAAAUUUAUAAGAAAAUUUGGCUAAAAGUGUAAUGAAAAAAUGAUACAUUAAUGAACCCAGUUAGAGAAAAUAUGUUGAAUGUUGUAAUUAAUUUUGUUGCAUGUUUACCAAACUUAAGCAUCUCUAAAAUGUCUUUGAUAGAUGUGUGUAACAUGCUAUUUAUAGUUUUAUGGAUUGUACAGAGCAUGCAAUCAAUUUAAUUGUCUAAAAAAUCCCACUAUAAUGCAUGGACUUAAAAACAUUAUUAGUUAUUUUAUAAAGUUUUGCAUUCUCAUGAAAUGGCUCAAAGAUCAUAUGUUUAAUAAGCUUUUUUUUUUUUAAAUUUUUUUUUUUUAAUGUAAUUAUAAUUUUUUAAAAUAGAAACAUUUUGAUCAUGUUUUAUUAAUUUAUCAUAAAAUAAAGCUAUCUCUUUUACCAUCUGGUAAGAAACAAGUUAUUGAUUUUUUUUCCACUUGGAUUAUCUUCCAGCGAGCAAUGCCAAAAUAUUUCACAUACAGAGCAAAAUUUGAGGUAUGUUUGUUUCAGUCAUAAUAAAAACUAUACGUUAAUGCUAUCACUCUUGCACUCCUCACACACUUUUCUCCCUUUUCAAACAAGAAAAGUGUACAUUGAUUAACUUAUUGAUUGAUAGGAAUGUUAUUGUUAGGAGUAAAAGAUCUAAUUGUUCUCAAUGACAAUAUGUGCUAUAUUAUCUUAAUAUUGUAAACAUGUUAAAAGAUCUUCGAACCCUGACAAAAAAAAAUUUAAAAAAUUGAGUUUUCAUGGUGAUUUAAAUAUACAAUUAAUAGUUAUUAAAACCACAUUCUUGACCUCAGCGUGUUCUUGACCUCAGUAUGUUCAUAACCUUUUUCCACCUUUGAAAAAUAAAGGAUUUUUUCCCAGCCCAUUCAUUCUUGACUUAAGCUUUAUCUUAAUAUUUUAGAAAUAUAUCAAAGAAUAAAUAAAUCAUGUUUCUGUUAGAUUCAUUUCAGAAUAUAAUUUGCUGUUUUUUUGUUGUUUUUUUUGUGUAGAGAAUGUGAUCAUAUAAUACAGGCCUGCACAACAUACGGCCCGGCCUGCGUAGUAACGAAAUAAUUCUUUAUUUUUAUUAUUUUCAUAAUAACUUUCAUCCCUGUCCUAUUAUCUUUCAGCCCACACAAGUUAUUCAUAAAGUAUUACAGCCCACCUUGCAUUUUGAAUUGUGCAGGCCUGAUAUUAUAUACCACUAGCCCCCAAACUACUUCUGAUGGGAUCCACUAUCCAAGUUAUUUUGUUUGUAAUAAAUGUCAUAAAUAUUGUAACUUCAUUUAUUUUCUUGUCUAGUUUUGUGAGGACAGAAUUUACAGACACUUGGAACCAGCUCUGGCUUUCCAGCUUGAAAUUAAUCGUUUACGGAACUUUGAUCUUGAAGCUAUUCCCACAGCCAAUCUCAAGAUGCACCUUUACUUAGGAAAGGCAAAAGUCAGUAGAAUUAAAUAUUUAAUUUUUGCGUAAGGAACUAUUUAUAUUGUAACUUUUAAAAUUUUGAAAUUGAUUAUUCAAAUAUAGAGAAAUACACAUUUUAAGUUUUCAAAUAAUUUUAAAUCACUUUCAGGUGGCAAAAGGACAAGAAGUGACAGAUUAUCGUUUCUUUGUUCGUAUCAUCAUUCGCCACUCAGAUCUUGUCACCAAGGUACAUUGUUGUAAAUUGGCUUUCCUGAAUUGUGAUAACACAUAUAAUCAAUAACAUUGAAGAUUUUAUUAGCACAUUUUCAUGUAAAUUUUAGCUGUAAUAUUUAUGCCAAAAAAUAGCUGCCCAUUUCCAGGAAUUGCAUAUUCAAAUUAAUCAGAUUUAAAAUUCUUUUGCCAGAAUUCAAAUUUUCAUAAUAUGCAUUUAAAAAAAUAAUUUUAAUGAUCUUUCUAAUGAAUUAGUUCCAAAAUGGCUCUUUAAAAUGUUAUUUAGGGAUUUGCUAACACUUUAAAGAUUCUUCUGCUUUGCGCUGUUGCUUUUUGAAGAAAAAAAAUGAAUAGGACCUUAAAUUACUAUUUUAAAUUUAAUUUUUGACUGACUCUGUACACUUUUUGUCUUGAAAUUUAGGAAGCAUCUUUUGAGUAUUUGGAAAAUGAAGGUGAACGCACUUUGUUAGAGGCAAUGGAUUCUCUUGAAGUGGCAUUUUCUCAUCAAUCAGUGAGUACUUUCUUGCAAAUGAAUUUUGACUUUUAGUUUUUAUCAUUAAUUUGAAGGAAUCUUCAUUAACCAGAUUGAAAGGUCAUUUUAUUUGAUAGAAAGGUGAGUUAGUAUUGCUGAAGAAAAUGGAAAGAUUACACAUUAGAAUUUUAACCAAUAUUUGCUGAAUCAGAACAAUUGUUUGAACUUUUCUAUGUUAUCAUUUAAAACCUCAUGCCCAUGUAUACUUCUCUCUGAUUUGAAACAGAAAUAUUCUCCAUCGUCACAUUGUGUAAAAUUGAUAAUUAAUAAUUUCUCCGAGCUGAUGUGUCAAACAUUUACAAAUAAUUUGAUAUUGCAUACUUUUUUUAAAAAAAAGACCCAUGGUUAUGUGAAAAGCGUUUCCAUCACAGUAUUAUUUAUUAGAUGACUGAAAUAUAAAAAAAAAUAUCAUCCCAGCCCUUUAUUGUUAAAAAGAGUAGAAGUAUUCUAGCUAAUUAUUUUGUGUUUCUGUGUAAAAAUCUGUAACAUUUACAGAUGUCCCUUGAUGUUGAAAAUCAAAAGGUAUAAUUAGAAAUCAAGCUUUAUUUUACAGUUUUGAAGUGUUUGAAUUGCUGUCAUUAGAUCCUUUCAUUGCAUAGAUAUCUUGUUAAAGAAUGCUAAAUCAGUUAACAGAUUUGAAUAGAUUUGUGUGCGUCAUGUUAGUUUUGGGAGAAAAUAUUUUUAAAAAAUAAUUCUUAAUUUAAUUUUCAACUUUAACACCCUCUUGACUAUUUUCACACUUUAAUUGAAAGUGAUAAGAUUACACCACUUUUAAAAAAAAUAUAAAACUUUGAAAUUCUAACUUGCUAUAUAUUUUGUUUUUUUUGGUUGGUUAUUUACUCUUCAUUUGUAUUGUUGUUGGAUACAAAUUUACCAAUAGUAUGUGAUUUUAACCCAAGUAGGGUAAAUAUGGAUACUUUCUAAGCUAUUGUUAAAGAUUUUUUAAUAAUAAAAUAAUUUAUUUUAGAUAUAUAAAAAAAAUUAAACAUUUGUUGAAUAUAAAGAAAUAUUAAAUUUAUCAGUUUUUUUGGAUGGUUUUUAGAUUGCUAUUCUUCUUUUGCUGAAUAUAUUUUUUAUAAAUUAUUUGAGCUCAAUAGACUUAACUUUAUAAAAUAAAUGUUAAAAAUUGCUUAGUUUGAAAAAGAACUAUAAAAUCUAGCUUUACAUAAUACAGUUUUUUGAGUCAACAAGCUAUAGGUUUUUCCUAGUAGUAAGAUUAGUAGAAUUAGAAAAGAGUUAAUAAGUAUAUGGCAAGUUGGCUGAUUGUAUUUGUGUAACUGAAUUGUUACAAAUAAACUGUCAAUAGAAUAUUUUUUUAAACUUAAAAUUCUUUGUGCUUUUAAAUGAAAGGUCCCCUCAAUCUUUUAAUUAGUUCAAUACUUAGAAAUUAAACCAAAUUAUAUUUAAAAAAUACAUUUUCAUAUUAAAAUUGUAUUUGUUUUGUUCUCAUCUCCAUAGUCCAAGAAAACAGACUGCAACCACAUCUUUUUGAACUUUGUUCCUACAUUAACACUCACAGAGCCUGGCAAGGUGAGCGCUUGAAAAUAAAUUUCAUAUUUUAAAAAAAAAUUCAUCAAUUGAUUUUUCUUAAGGCUAUGGUGUUUUGAAUUUUUCUUAUUCCAUUUUAAAUUACUACAUGAAUAUUUUAAAAUUAUUGACUAAUACAAAAACAAAAAUGUUUGAUUUUGUCCAAAGCUUGUUGAGACAGUUCGGAACAUGAUCAUGCGCUAUGGAUCUCGACUGUGGAAACUCCGAGUUCUUAAUGCUGAAUUGAAGUUUACAAUCAGGUUAGAACAUUGAUUUUUGUGUUAUCUUUGAUACUUAAUGUUCUUUUAUUUUAAGAUUUUAAAAAAAAUCUUUAUUUAUAUUAAUUAAAACCUUACAAAAAUAUAACAAUUUUAAAAGUAAAAUAAUCUUUAAAGGAGUAUAAAAAAAAAAUAUUAUUUAAAAAAAAUCUCAAUAGCAAAAGCUGAAUGAUUGGAAUUAGUGCUAGAGUAAAACAUCAGUUGUAUUCAAUUAUUGUUUUCUAUUCUGUUUGCAUAAACAUGUGUGUUUUAUUUAAAACAGAAUGGCCCAAACAGGAGGGGGAAUUAGUUUUCCCAUCAGAGUGUUCAUUACAAAUGAAAGUGGGUACUAUUUAGAUAUCAGUCUGUAUAAGGAAGUCACAGAUCCUAGAACAGGCCAGGUAAGUUUUGAAGUCAAAAUUAAAAAAACAAAAAAAAUUGAAAUCACCUUUUUAGAAAUAACUUUGAAGGUCCAGAACAAAUUUGUCAGAUUAUUCCAUUUUCAGAGCCUGCUAUAUAAGUAGUUAUUCAGUUUCAUACAAUGUUUCUAUAUUUCCCAAACUCAGAUCCAUCUUGUCAGAAUUGUUAGCAGGUUUUUUUGUUGUGUGAGAAAAACUUUAAAGAUGUCUAACGUUCAAACUGUCCCGGGUUUAAAUUUGGUAUCUAAUCUAAUGUUUACUGUCAAUGUUUUUUUUUUUGAAUAUGCUGAAAAUGAACAUGUAAAAUGUUAUAAAAACUGGUUUCUAUUUAUUUGGAUGAAUAAAGUAGUCUUAUCUAUUAUUUUUCUAACAAACCUUUUUUAGGAUUUUUAAAAAGUAGUUUUUUUUAAACUCUCAGAAAAAUAUUUCACAGACAAAUAUUUCCUAAAUAUUUUUCAUUAGUUAUGAAUAUGUCAUUUAGAUUUGUGGACAUCUCACUUGACACUACAAUCAUUUUUAUUUAUAAAAUUUAGUUUUAAUUUUGAAAAAAAGUUGAUCUUCUUGAUAGAUUUAAUUUAAAUGCUUCUUUAUUUUUGGAUAGAUUAUGUUUGAGGCCUAUGGCGUCAAACAAGGACCACUUCAUGGUCUGUUGAUCAGCACACCAUACCUGACCAAGGAUCACCUACAGAACAAGCGCUACCAAGCCCAGUCGUCAGGCACCACAUAUGUCUAUGACUUUCCUGAAAUGUUCAGGCAGGCCCUGCUCAAGGAGUGGGAGUCACACCUGAAGAGGCACAAAAUGGACACCAAUAAUACCCCCAUGGACCUUAUCUCUGUCACAGAACUGGUCCUAGACAGUCAUAAUCAUCUGUGUACCCAAAACAGGCUGCCAGGGGAAAAUGAAGUGAGAUUUUGUUAGAUAAAUCUCCAGAAGCAAAUUUAAUUAAAGCAAAAACAUUUCAUUUUCUCAUGAUUUUGUUAUAACAAUUAUUCAUCUAAAACAAAAGCACUAACUCAAACUCAUUGCUAUCACAACAUCAGUGUUCUUUUUGUAGACUCAUACAAUUUAUUAAUUUAUUAUUGCAUGCCAUAAUGAAACAAGAAAUCACUACAAUAUUUAAAAUCAACAAGAUCAGAACAAGGUGGUGAUUAGAUUACCUAUCAGCUUUGAGUUCAGAUUUAUGUAAAUAAAUCAAUUAAAUUCAUUGCCUUUCAGAUAGGAAUGGUUGCUUGGAAACUGACAAUAAAAACACCAGAGUUCCCAUUAGGAAGAGAAAUAAUACUCAUUGCCAAUGAUAUGACUUUUAAAAUUGGUUCAUUUGGGCCACAAGAAGAUCUUCUUUUUAAGGUAUGUUUUUAGUUCUAAAAAUUCAAUAAUACAAUAUAUUUUUAAACAUUCUUUUUAGCCAGUUAUUUAUUUAUUUUUUUUUAUAAUUUUUUUUUUUUUUGCCAGUUAUGUCUUUUAACAUUUUUCUUUCAAAGUCAAAGAAAUUUAGUUUAUGUGAGUAUGUUUUUUCUCCUUAGAAAGCAUCAGAGCUGUCCAGAAAAUUGGGAAUUCCCAGAGUUUACAUUUCAGCCAACAGUGGGGCCAGACUUGGCAUGGCAGAAGAACUAAAACAUUUAUUUAGAGUGGCCUGGUAUGACCCUGAUGACCCAGAGAAGGUAAGAUGUACCUAUGAUGUGUACUGUGGGGAAUUUUUUUCCUUCAGUUUGUUAUAUAUUAAGCUGGUAGAAAAUACUUUGGUUUUGGUAUUCUUAAUAAAUUUUUUUAAGUGUCACUUUCAUAAAAGUGUUUAUAAAAAUACAAGUAUUUUUUUAAAAGAAUAAGUGCAACAAUCUCAUCAUCCAUUCUUCCUUCGAUAUUCACAUUUCAUUUGCAGGGCUUCAAAUACUUGUAUCUUCGACCUGACGACUUUAAGAAAGUCAGCACAAUGAACUCUGUAAGAGCCGAACUGAUAGAGGAUGAAGGAGAAUCUCGUUAUAAGAUUACUGAUAUUAUAGGUCAGUUAAGAAAAGAUGACUUUAAUGUGUAACGAAAACUAUAAAAAAAAUAGAUUUCAGAUAAACUCAUGUGACAGACUUGAUUCUAGAAUUUUUUGUACUCAGUUUCAAAGGUAAACUUGUUAAAAGUGUCUGUGAAAUUUAAUGACAUUAUUCUUUAAGCUAAUGCUUUAAGAGUUGGGUUCACCAGCAAUAGUCUCUGAAAGUAGCUUUAAAAUAAUUUUUAGAAGUACCUACCUAGUGUUGAGGAAGCUACAAAGCAGGUGUUCUGUAAGUUUGAUUUAAUUAAAUAUUUUUUCAUGUUUGAUUAUAGGGAAAGAAGAUGGGAUUGGUGUUGAGUCUUUGCGCAUGGCUGGUAUGAUAGCCGGUGAGACAUCACAGGCUUAUAAUGAAGUUGUCACCAUUAAUCUGGUAUGUUUUAUUCAUCAUUGUUUUACAAAUUAACCUUUUAUAUUGAACUUAUUCCAAAAAUACUGUUUUAAACAAUACCUGGCAUAUGUAUGCAUUAAAAUGGUAUCUGUGGCAAGAUUUGAAACAUUCACUUUAGAUAAUUUUUAUAAGUUUAUAUUAUCAUAUUGAUAACAACAAUGAUUCUAUAAAAUUCCUUUUGCCAACUUUUAUGGAAGUUUUUGUGUGUCUGAGUUGAAUAUAUUCUGCCAUAAUUUUUUUUUUUUAUGAUCUUGAAAUUUAAGUUACUUAAAAAUUGAAUGAGAAGUUACAACAGAAGUUAACAUGCAAUAAUUGAUUUUGAUAUCCAGGUUUCCUGCAGAGCUAUAGGUAUUGGAGCUUAUUUGGUGCGUCUAGGACAGAGAGUAAUACAAGUAGAAAACUCAUUUAUAAUACUCACAGGAGCUGGUGCUCUCAAUAAGGUAUGAUUGUCCAUGUAACCGAGUGUUGUCUGAUGGGCUUAGUUAGCAACAUUCUGAUAGACACACUGAGUAAAACCAAAAACCAUUGUGUUCCAGAAAUAUAGUAAUUAUAUUUCUAAAGAUACAUUCAACUGAAAGCAUCACACAAACAAAGUUUAUUUAUCUCUAAUCUUAAAAACUAACUGAAAUCCAAAUCAUCAAGGAGUAAAAUUUCUGUUUAUUGGCCUGGUAACCUGUGUCUCAAGAUCACUUAUGUUGUAGUCUCCCCAUGUCAAAGUGUAUGUAGACUGGACAGUUGAGAUCCAUUAGUACCACCUAUACAGCACACACCAUGUCUUAGACAUUUAUAUUAAUAUUCUUACUGAAAACAAAUUUAAAUACACAAGGCUGUAACUAAAGAAACUUCUGCAAACAGACAGCAGUCAGUUUUGUCAUUUCAAUGAAAUGCAGAUUAUACAUAUUGCACAGUCAUGAAAUCCAAUCUUUAAAAAAAAAUUCAGUUGUGAUCACUCAAAAUGUUUUCAGUUUUCUUUCCUUUCAUGUACAAUUCAUUGUUGCCAGUUUUUCUGUAUUUUUUUGUCAAAUACUCUUUAUAUAAAUAUCAAUAAAUAAAUAUGGAUGUAUCAUGGUACAUGUUUAUAGAAAUAUAAUAUCACAUGCUUCAUUUGUAAAAGUGAAGUAAAUUUUAAAAAAAAUAAAGGGUGAAAAAUUAGAACAUAUUAAAAUUUUGUGCAUAAUAUUAUGAUUUCAGUGGGAGUUUUAGAGAUUUCUUCCAAUUUUGUUUUUAUUUGUUGAAAGCCUUUCUAUGGAGUAUCAAAUCUAAAAAAAGAGUUGUUAAUCUUAUUUAUGUUUAUAAUAUCUGCUCAGGUUCUGGGAAGAGAAGUGUACACAAGCAACAGUCAACUUGGUGGUAUACAAAUCAUGCACAACAAUGGUGUGUCUCAUGCUGUUGUACCAGAUGACUUUGAGGGGGUGUGUAAGAUCCUGCACUGGUUGUCAUACAUGAGGCUGGUAAGUUCUUGAAACAUUAACUCAGGCAAAUAAAAUUAUAUGACGUGCCAACAUGUCUGGAAAAAGUUUGAAACAUCCUACCUCUUGAAUGUGAGGUAGAUGUCAAGAUACUCUGUUUCUCCAGUCGAGACUUUUUGAGCAUUUCUGGCAAUGUUGUCUUGGUUACACUAUCGCCCGAUGUACUAAUAACCAAGCAGACAGAAUAUUAUACACCAACACUUCGUGACUUCUUGGUAUCUAUCACACACCUCCGCCUGGUUACAAUAUCUCCUAACACAGCCUAUUCAGAACACCUGAGCUUUCAUUCAUUAAUGUCUCGGGACUCUCUCCUAAUCAACUGCCACCGAACUCUCUCGAUCUCACGCCUUAAAUUCACACACUUCUUUAUUAUGCUGUCCCUGUCAUCCAGUGACCCAUUAUGCCACAAAAAUACAACUCAUGACCUGAACUCACAGACCAAAAAGCGUUCAUACUAACAUCAGUGAUUCUCAUACCCUUGAUAGUAGACAUGCUAACAUAUUGCCACCAGGGCCAAAGGGCCACCUCUUGGCCGUUAAAAUAAAUUUUAAAAAAGGGAAAGAAACAUUUUUGGGCAAAUGAAAGUUUUCCUUGUCUGUAAUUAUUUAAAUCAUCACAACAGAAAAAAACUGGACCAAUACCAAUGCUGCCGCCCUUGGAUCCAGUAGAAAGGAUCAUAGAGUUUUGUCCUACAAGAGCUCCUUAUGACCCAAGAUGGAUGCUGGCUGGUAGAAAAGGUGAGUUAGUUCUCUAGAAAGGAUUUUCAUAAAAUAAAAUAUUUUUCAUCUUCUCCCCUUACCUGGAUUUAAUUAAGUUUUAAAAAAAACCCCACAGAUUUAAAUGCAUAUUGUGUUUUUUAUCCAGUAGUUUUGAGGCUUUCAUAUGUUUUAAAAGUAUUUCAUAAAACAGGUAUUGAAUAUGAAAACUUGGGCAAGAGUCCCACAGUUUAAACUUAGUGCUAUACAAAGGUUGCAGUUAGUUAUCUGUAUAUGAAUAAAAUGUCACUUCAUUUAAAAAAUUGUUCAAUGAAGGUGUUUUUUUUUGUGUGUGUUUGAUCUAGACAAUGGUAAAAGAAUGUCUGGUUUCUUUGAUGCUGGUUCUUUUGAUGAAAUCAUGCAACCAUGGGCGCAGACUGUUGUAGCUGGGAGGGCCAGGUAUUAGUUUUGAGUGUUGUAGCUGAUAUUCUUUAAAACACAUUUUAAAAUCUUCAUCAGCUUGAACCAUCUUAUCCUCUUUAUCUGAAAACAAUAAGUUGUAAACAAUUUAUAGGAUUUGCCAUUGUGAGCAUUAUUAUUUAAUUUUUUCCUUUACACUUUCAGACUUGGUGGCAUUCCUGUGGGAGUGGUUGCUGUAGAGACCAGAUCAGUAGAGCUGCAAAUUCCAGCAGAUCCAGCAAAUGCUGACUCAGAAUCAAAGGCAUGUCAAGUUUACUGAUUUUUAACAUGAAGUAAAUGAAACUAAAUGAAAAGAAUAAAUUGUAAUUUUAAAAUUAAUUUCAUUUGAUUACUUUUGAUGGAUAUUCUGUUUCGUAUUUCUUUAAAUUUUUAUUUAUUUUAAAGUACCUCUCUAACUUACUUAAGAGAUGUGUUUAAGAUAGUCUUUGUUGUCAUUUCUGUUCAGGUGAUACAACAAGCUGGUCAGGUGUGGUUCCCAGACUCAGCCUACAAGACUGCACAAGCUAUCAAAGAUUUUUCAAGGGAAGAAUUGCCACUUUUCAUGUUUGCCAAUUGGAGAGGUUUUUCUGGUGGCAUGAAGGGUGAGCUGUUUUAGUCAAGUUGAUGACUUCUGUUGGUGUAAUAUUUAAAACUACAGCAUGAUAAAACAUAAUGUAUCCGCAUUUGCAGUAUGAAAGAAGAUAAUUAUUUUUGAAAACCACAAAAUGUAAAAAUUACAAGUUAAGUCACAGCAAUCUAGUUAUUUUUAUGUUACAAAGUAACAUAAUGAUUAUUUUGUUUUAAUUAUUAUAUAAAUAAUAAAUCCCAUUCCUAAAGUUAAUGUGAAAGUGAAUUGAAAUCAGUGAUUGCAAAAAUCUACAGCCAAACAUUUCUGGCAUUAUAUGUAUUAAUCAAUAUAUAAUUUGUAUUAAGCCAUUACUUGUGGUCUGUUCCAGACAUGUAUGACCAAGUCCUCAAGUUUGGCUCCUACAUUGUGGAUGCCAUCAGAGAAUACACACAGCCCAUCUUUGUUUACAUUCCUCCAUAUGGUGAGCUGCGUGGGGGCUCCUGGGUAGUGGUUGAUCCACUCAUUAAUCCAGACUACAUGGAAAUGUAUGCAGACAGUUUGAGCAGGUCAGUUCAGCUAAGGACGUCCCCCAUCAAUACAUUUUCAAUCAAUAUCAUUCUUAAAUAAAUUGAAAGCAUAUAAUAAAAUAUAAAUUCGUUAUAAAAAGCUUUGGUGGAUUUUAGGUCAUUUUUUAAAAUUGUUUCCAUUAACAGAGGUGGUGUUUUAGAACCAGAAGGCACAGUGGAAAUAAAAUUCAGAAGAAAAGACAUUGAAAAGUGCAUCAGUCGAUUGGAUGCAGAGACCAAGAAAAUGAUUGAGAAACUGUCCAGUCCAGGCCUGGCCCUGGAGGCCAAGGUCAAACUGGAGGCAGACUUGAAAGAGAGAGAAGAACACCUGGUACCAUUAUACCAUUCUGUAGCUGUCAUGUUUGCUGAUUUACAUGAUACACCUGGAAGGAUGGAGGAGAAAGGCUGUAUAACAGUAAGAGAAUGUAACAUUAAGUAAUUAUGGGGCGAAAAAUGUAAUUUGUGUAGGGGCUAAUUCUAUUCUGUGUGCACUGAAGGGGGGGGGGGGGUGGAGAUUUUUUUAAUUGGGGGGGCGGGGCCCUCAGGAGAAUGUGUAUGUACAUUAUAUUUAUGGGGCGAAAAAUGUAAUUUGUGUAGGAGCUAAUUCUAUUCUGUGUGCACUGAAGGGGGGGGGGGGGGUUGUAGAUUUUUUUAAUUGGGGGGGCGGGGCCCUCAGAAGAAUGUGUAUGUACAUUAUAAUGCACAAAGUCUGCCAUUAUUAUUCUUUCAACACUGAUUAAUGUAAUAAACCGCAAUGUAUCAUAAUUAUCGUCAUACUGUAGCUUUGUGUUGUCACAACUAACUUUCAAAAGUAAUGCAUAGCCUAGUGACAACUUAUAAGUCCACUGAUUGCCUUUGUUUCCAUGCAUGUUAUGUAAUUUGUGACUUUAAACAAGGGAGAAAACCAGUAACAUGAGUUUUAACACUUGAGUGGGUGUUGGGGGGGGGGGGGCGUGAUUCUCAUAUAUAUAUAUGUGUACUCAAAGUGGGGUGUAAAAAAAUGUACAGAUGAAACAGGGGAGGGGGUAUUUUUGAUUUUCUCUUUGCAUACAUAAUAAUUGGAUGGCCCCUUAUUUUGCUUACAUUUAAUUAACUGUCACAAAAAUGGUUUGCAAGCUUAAAAUGAAAAUAUUGUGGAAGUAUUCUUGGAAAAAUUGAAGUUUACAAAUCACUACAUUUUCAUGCUAGUUUCUUCAAACUUAUUAAAUUCCCUUUUAAAAAUAAUUCAGUAGAUAAGUUCCCAUCAUGCACUGAAACUUAAAAGUGUAACCAUUUUUAAUAAAUAAAAUCAAUAUGUGAUAAAAUGGAAAUGAUGUUACCUUGGUCACGGUCUAGUGCCCAAUGUAACUGUUGCUAAAAGAUACCUUAAAUAAUCUGACCUAAUAGUUUGAAAGUUAAUAAUUAGAGUUAGAGACAACAGUAGUUUCUCUUUGAUACGCCUAAAAUAAGUAAUUUUGCCUUUUACUUCCAAGAGCUUUCUUAAAUGUUAAAAUUUUUUCUGUUACAGAAAGUCCUGGAGUGGUCCACGUCACGUGAAUUCUUCUACUGGCGGUUACGUCGCAGAUUGCUGGAGCUCGAGUUCAAAAAAUUAAUGAAGCAACACAUUCCUGACUCAACUCAGGCACAGCUUGAUUCCAUGUUGAGUCGGUGGUUUGUUGAGGACAAGGGACCUAUAAAUGUAAGUGUGCGUGAAAUCUCAACUUCUGCUUAAAACUUUUGUUCUGUUGACAAGAUCUUUGAUCAUUUGAUUGUUUGUUUUUGUAUAACGUCUUUGAGCCAAAUUUAACUCUGUUUCUCUCAUCUAGUGAGCUGAAAUUUAAUGUGCAGCUUUAUCUGGCAACACAUUUUAAUCUUUCAAAUCCUCUCAUAUAUUACAAAAUAUUUUUUUAAAUUUUGAACCAAAAGAAACAUUGUUUCUCACUUUUGAAAAACAUUUUUGACAUCUCAGUUCUGAGAAACACUGUUGGCAUCUCAAUUCUGAGAAAAAAUAAAACAAAGGGUAAUAACUUUAUAUAGACAUUUCUAAAUUUAACCAAGAAAUAUAACUUCUUGUUGCUAAGUUGGUAAAGCAUCCGUCUGGUAAUUUAUAUAUUCUUUUAAUCCCGAAUUCUGGUUACGGGUAUAACUAUUUUUUCUAAUAGCAGUGUUAUUGAGAUUGCCUUAAUACUCAUGUCAGUAAAAAGAGAGCUUUUGGUUUGUAUUAAAUCAACAUAUUUUGUUAUUAAUUAUAAUAAAAAUUGGAUAAUAAAAUGCAUUAGUGUUUUAAAUGACCUGCUCAUUUACAUUAUUCCCACCUUUAAGUUAUUUUAUGCAACUCUAUUUCUGUGCUCACCCCUAGACAUACCAGUAUGAAGAUGACAAACUUACAGUAGAAUGGCUUGAGGAGCAAAUGAAGGACAUCACUGAUAACAAUGCCGUAAUGGAAAACAUAAGAUGUUUGCAGAGGGACCAUGUGCUGUCACAGAUCAGGAAGUAAGAUAUUUACUGUUAUUAAAACAAAGCUUAUGAACACCUACUAUCUCAUUUUCAUCCAGUAUAAAAUUCAAUUCUAUGCCUUUACUUUUUUUUAAAGUCACUAUAACUUAUUUAAAAUAUUCGUUGAUGUGCAGCUUGGCAAUGAACAAUUAUUUAUGAAAUGGGAUUUUAAAAUCAUGUAAAGAUACUGUUUCCUUUUCAUGUCAACAAAUUCUUUUGCCUGUUUAUCUAAAGACAAAAAUCGAUCGACACAUCUGGCAAUUCCUUUCUACCAUAUUUUUCAAUCAUCUUAUUAGUGUAAUUUAUCAUUUUUUUAAAUCUUUUUUUUUGGUCAUUUCAUGGCUGAUUCUUAUUUUCCUCUCUUCCAGCCUGAUGGGAUCCAACCCAGAAAUAGUGAUGGAUUCAAUAGUGUCCAUGACUCAGCACAUGACAAACACACAGAGGAAUGAAGUCGCACGCAUUCUGGCCAGCCUCAACUCUAAAGAGGAGGCCACACCAGAGUCAUAACAAUUGCCUUAGCUCUUGAUUAAAAACACAUUCAAAAAAAUUUAAGGAGAUGAUAAUGCUUUAUAAAUAAAGCUAGUGUAUAUAAUAUAUAUAUAUAUAUGGAUAUAUUAUGUGUAAAACAUUUUAGACCAGACGUAGGUGAUUAAAAACAUUGAAAAACUGUUGUCCUAUUAGUUUAGACAAUUCUGCAGAUGCUGAAUUGGAUAAAAUAAAAGCAAAGAAAUUAAUUAAUGCAAAAAUCACAAGCGGGGAAAAAGUUUGCCUAUCUGUACUUGCGUGGAAAUAGUCAAAUAAUCUCUGUGCUACACGGUAAGGCCAUUAUUGUUUACAUCUAGUACGUAUAUCAUCAUGAAGGGUUCAACAUUGUGAUAAGACAAUGGUGCUUGUAUGCACACAGGAUGAAUAUGAUUUCAAGGAGAAUGUGUGCCAUCAGCCAUGAUUGGUCUUCUCACUUCUUAAAAGAUGGGACUUCAUUCAAUAGCAAAUUGUUAAAACCAUUUGUGGAUAAGACUUUGAUUUUGAUGAAAGUCAAUUUAUGACAAGCUUUGUUGACAAUUAUACAUGUUUUUAACUACAGCCUGUGCCAGGAAUCAAAACAGAGAAAUAGAUUGCAACUUGCAAUGAUAUAGUCACAAUCACAUUCCCUCAUUUUUCUUAGAUAAAUAAAAAUAUCAAUGAAUACAUUUCUGAGAGAAGAAAUUUUAUGCAUUUGAUAUUGAGAGCAGGAGGAAUCCAAAAUUACUUUUUAAGGCAAAAGAAAAAUAUAAUCUCUCAUUUUGGUUGUGAUAAAUUUUUUUUAACCUUUUUUUUUUUUUUCCCUUUG